UACGACCGUUGCAAAGUUGUCCUAAAUGUAAUAUUUCAGCAACCAGAUCCUCAUUGUAUUAGAUUUCCAAAUGUAUUAAAUUACUUAAAUGUGAAAAAUCUUCGUUCAUUGACAAAAAUGUGGCAAAAUGGAACUAUGACGUCAGGCGGAGGUGCUAUUGAUAAGAGUUGUUGUUCGGCAGCUGAUGGCUUCGUAGAGUGAUGUAGUUGUUAACGUGACAGUUUUGACAUAAAUUUUAUGUGAAAUUGUGUCUUGUUUGACUUUUUUCGCUAGAGAAACCUCUGCUUUGGCUACAUAAACUCCACUGAGGCGAUUAGAAUAGUGCUUAGCAUUUUAAUGUACUUGGGAGGUUGUACACUGGUAGCGAUAUGUGCUCUUUAAUUCCGUGUCGUGGCAUUGGGCCUGGUUAGUUAGAAGAACGUAGGACGAGGCCCAAACGUUACUCCAUUUCUUGAAGAGAUGAGAAUGGAAAACAGAAGUCAUCUUAUGCUCUAAAGACUGCUUGAGUAAAACCUGGUCUUUCUUGGAUCUCCAAGUAGCACUUAAGCUCGGCCCCUCUGAAAAAAUAAAGGGCCUUAGCCGUUAGCGUAUGGCAAAGGUGUAGUGCUGUUCAUAAUCAUUUGACCAGACACUAAGACAGUCAUAAGUUCAACUCAAGAUGUUUAAUGCACUGAAGAAAUUUGUCACCAAUGAGCAACAUGUCAGCAAGGGCACCAUGCCCACGGGCAUGCAGGCCAUGGGGCAGAACCUGCAGAGAAAGUUUGCCAAGGGUGUGCAGUAUAACAUGAAAAUCAUCAUCAAAGGUGACCGCAACACAGGCAAGACGACGUUAUUUCAUCGACUGCAAGGGGAACGGUUCAGGGAAGAGUACCUCCCCACACCAGAAAUACAAGUUGCCAGCAUACAGUGGAAUUACAAAGCUACUGACGACAUUGUCAAGGUUGAAGUCUGGGAUGUCGUGGAUAAAGGGAAAGCCAAGAAGAAAUCGGAAGGCCUGAAGCUGGAGACGUCCCAGGACAUGGACGAAGGAGAUGAGCCGUGCCUCGAUGCAAGGUUUCUCAAUGUCUACAAGGGAGCUAACGGUGUGGUGUUCAUGGUAGACGUCACAAAGCAAUGGACCUGGGGUUAUGUGGAACGUGAGCUGCCUUCCGUACCCAACCACAUACCAGUCCUAGUCCUGGCAAGUUUCAGAGACAUGGCAGACCACCGCACGGUUGCCGAGGACACUAUGAGAUACUUCAUUGAAAACUUUGACAGACCAGAAGGCUCUGCCACGGUGCUACUCGCCGAAGCCUCCAUGAAAAACGGUUUUGGACUGAAAUAUCUGCACACAUUCUUCAACGUUCCAUUCCUGCAACUCCAGAGAGAAACAUUACUAAGGCAAUUGGAGACAAAUAAACUCGAGACCGUUGCAACGCUAGACGAGUUGGACAUGAGGAAGGAAUCAGUAGACCAGAACUAUGAUCUGUACUUGGCAAGUCUAGAGGAGCGACGCAAGCAGAAGAAGGCCAAAGCUGCAUCGCCGACCGUGCUGAGUCCGUCAGUGCCCAACGGCCAGACGCCUCAGACCUCACUAUCGCCAGGCAGCAAGCCCGGCUCCAACCGUUCCACUCCGGCCAGGCUCAGCCCGGCCACCACGCCCAAGCAAAACACCCCCACGUCCACCCCCACCACCGCCCGCAAGGAGAGGUCGGCCAGCGAAGUCAAAACAACUCCCGAGCCGGCGAAGGGACCCGCGGCGCCCCAGGACAAGCAGGGCUCGACGACAACUCUCACGCAGCGCUUCUCCAAGUGGUUCGGGGGCAGCGAGUCGAGGGUGCAGCAAGGAGUGAAGGAAGAAGACGAAAAACAAGCAGUUGUAGAGACCGUGGCUGAGGUCAAGACAGCGCCCAUCACCAGCGUGGACGAGUUUGUACCCGGGGAGGGCCUCGGAGGUUUCCUGGACGACGUAGAUGGGCCCGGAGGCAGAAAAGGCAAAGCCAAGAAGAAACCAGUCCAGGCCGCCAAGCCCCCGGCUGCUGUGACGCAGAGCGAAAGUGACGAGGAUGAAGCCAACCCAAUGGUCGCCGGCUUCCAGGAGGAGCUCGAUUCCGACGACGAGGUGUCAGUCUUCAAGCCCACCAGUUCCACCCAGCAGGCCCCACCUCUCACCAGCUACGACGUGGACCUGUCCAGCGAAGAGGAUGAUGAGCCCAUCGUGGCAAAAGACAGGGACUUAUCCGACGAAGACCAUACGCCCAUGGCAUCCUCAGUGUCAUCGUCAAGACAGCACAAGCCAGACCGAGGGACAAGUGUGCCGUCAAGUUCCCCCGGAGGAAGAAACGGUGGCAAAUCGAAGAUGACCAACAAGAAGUCAAGAGAGAGUGAUGGAGAAUCACCGUUGUUCCCCGAGCAACCGGCAACCACAGACAGUGUCAGCGAGAACGAACAAAGUCAAGAGCACAUCAGUAGAACAUCAAGCCAGACCACCGACCAAGACACAUCGCCUGUUUCCCCCAUGAUCCAACUCCAGCAAGAGGACUUCAACUUCCUAGAGAACGUUGGAUCUUCCAAGAAGCCUAGCCUAAAAAAGAGGCCCUCCCUGCCAGCGGAUGACUUUGACAAUCUCCUGUCUGUCACUAAGGACGAGGACAUCAGUGACACGGACACCAUGACGAGCACCAGCACCAGCAGCUCAGCCGUCAAGAAAAAGAAGCACAGGAGCAGGGACAAGGACCGGGAGGACGACAGGGGCUCACGUAAGCACAAACACAAGAAGCACAAGGAGAAGAAGCCACACCGAGGAGAAGAAGUCGCACCAAGCGAGAAGGAGUCCCAUCGCGACAAGGGGGACAAGGAGAGGAAGAAGAAGAAGUCGUCGUCGUCAUCGGCCAGCAAGGAGGACGGAGAGGCCUACGCCAAGACGAGGAAGGAGUACGAUGCACUAGAGGCCUUCCUGGAGGGACCCGGCUACGAAGUGCUGUGAAGAAAGUCCCUCGACGAAUCGCGCGUGUGCUGCCACUUUGCAUGACCAAAACCCUCCUCACAGAUGUCUGCAACUUUACACUGGAUGGUUGUGACUGCACUCGAUCCACUGCUGUGGGGCCCCCUAGGUCUGAGAUUCAUGGGGGGGCUUCCGAGCAGAAAAGAAUUGUACAGAGGGGAAAUAUGUGCCAAUCAAGUAGUCGAAAGCCAGCCAAGGCAAUAAACUCAACGUAACAUUACGGCCGGUAACUCGCUUUUGCUCAGCCAAAGGAGCUCUGACGCCUAUAUUAAAUUCAAAUAUUGAGGAACAGCUCAACAAGACUUCGGCCGGGUUAUCAGUUUUAGCUCAAAGUAAUCGUGUUCGCCUGGAGCAGAAGCACCCCCACAGUGGCUGAAAAGAGCCAUGUUGGUCGGGGGUGUUCAUUUUGUUGGUAGCAAUUUAAUGCGCGCAUUUCCUCGUUGUUUGUGAACCUAAGGAGCCUGCGUCGCUAGGGAAAUCGCACCCUCUAUCGGCCCAGCUCGGGGGCUCCUAGCAGCCGAGGUCAGCCGUGUCUGUAAAACGGACUGGGCAGCAACGGUCUCACACUCAAGUUUGCUAAGCAACAAAAGAGAAGAGUUGCACUUAACCAAAGCUGGACUCCCUUGCUUGGUUUUUCCCUAAGAGCAGAAAUUCACCAAGGAAGAAAUUUCCCACGUGGCAUGUAAUGUUAGUCGUAUUCACUCUUUCACUGAACAAAGCUGAUUUACAAACACGCUGUUUCAUUCUACCCAAAAAAAAAAUUCAAAAAGUGCAAAGUUUUCUUCAAAUUGGUAACCAGUAAGCAUGAAUGUGUCUCAUUUGUUUGAAGAAGUAUGCAAGUGUAUUUGAUGUUAGACACAAUUGUAAGAUGAUCCUUUGUUCAAGUUGAUUGACAAAGCAAGCAAUGCAAAGAUUUAAUCAGUUCUUGUUGUAAAAGUUCAUGUACAUAGAGCAAAGAGGUCUACCGGCCUGAAUAACGCCAGCGGCCAGUCACACAGAUUUACAGAGCAGGUGGGACAUGUCACCCCUUCCAAAUGUGGAGGGACCCAUGUUUCGUUUGGUCCGGCCUCAGAAGCCAGUCCAUGCAUCUGAUGCUGGAAUUACCUCAGUGGAAGACGAUGCCUGAGCUCAAGUUCCCUAGCCAAACUGCCUACUUUCGUUCACGUAACUGAUACUUUGCUGUUGGGCGAGUAAAUUUGCUGAGCAAGGUUUUAUGUAAGGGGGCACUUAUCUCUUCAAACGCUAAUGAGCAAUGGAGGCCAAAGUUGACGGAAAAUGGAAUGAACCAGUGCGGUAUUCCAACCGUACAUGCCCAAAAUGCUGCGCAUCUGAUGUGAUUUUGACGCACGUGCGAGGGUCUGCCCUAUCAACACGGCCCUACACAGACACGUGCGCGUGAUUUGAUCUGCAACAACUGGCUCAUUGUGUCCAUUUUCACGAUGACAAUCCACUAUUUAUUACAAUGGUAUCCAUCCAUCAGGAAUUGGAAUUUUCAGUUUCUUAAUGAGCUUUGCAUUUUUACAUCUCUGCACAGUAAUAUCUUUUUCUUCUUGUGUACUUGAGCGCCUAUAAUUCCAACUCGACCUGAAAUGGAGCCAGUCCCAGCUGUCUGCCCGAGGCAGUCAGGAUCGUCCAUGAAAUAACUGUACACCACAACUUGUUGAAGGCCCGACACUCUGGUUUGUUCUAACAUCCCCUAACCUCAGCUAGGUAGGACUCGGCUAACAAAUUCACACUUUGGAGUUGUCUCCCUAAAUUGCUCGAAGGUGAAUAUACAUGAAUUUGCAGUACAUGUGUACAUAUGAGCCCUAACAGUCCCAAAUCCUCCGAUUUCAAUGUGAUUUUACAUACAUCCUAGCUGUCCCAUUACUCUAACAAAAACUCAAAAAUUGGCCUAUUUUUAAGUGGCAGGUUUACUGCAAAUGAAUUCUGUAAAGUUUUCAAUUUGUAACAGGUUGGGCAUCAUUUUGUGAAUGGAAUGUGAUAUCGUUUUGUUUUUUUUUGAGGGGGGGUUAGGAUGGCGGGUGGGGUGAAUGUAACUGAGAUAUUUUAGUACUUACUGAAAAAGAAAGCUGUGUUUUUGUUGUAAACAGUACUGUAUUGAAGAAGUAUUACUCACCAUGCUUAGGCAUGUGCUGUAUUGCUCCAUGGAGCCAGUGAUUUUUUUGCAUUUUUUUAAUCAUUUGUGUUGACUUCAAAGUCAUUUUAAAUAAGUGAAACUCUUUGUGGGGAUAUUUUCAUUGCAAUCAUUGAAGGAGCUAAAAAAAACCGCAAUAAUUAUCGAUUAUGUUGGUUAUACUCCCAGUAGACACAGUCAGACUGUGACGAAGGUCAUAGCUGGAUCAUUUAGCAGUGGGUGGAAAUAGGACAUUAACCUGUGGGAAAUAGAUGACGCGGCUGGCUACCAUAGAGGUACAGGCCAUGGUUAGCCACAGCCAAGUCAUUCAGGCACGUCCUUAGCCACAUGGGGAUGAAGCAUGUAGGAAACUGCUCGACGUUAACCUACUCAUGUAGGAAAGUGUGAGACAGCACCUGUGCAGGGAAUGGGCUGGUCAGUGGUUCGAAUCUCCCUCCGGACAAUUUUCUUUUUCUGUGUCAAAGAGGAGCAAGCCCCACACCAGGCCCACUUAAGACCAAUAGAGGGUUUGCGUGGCUGCCAUCUUGCAGACCAGAGCUUUUGUUCCAUGGGGUAUGCACAAAGAAUUCCCUGUGGAACAAAAGAGCUGCCCUGCAAGAUGGCUACCAUGCAUAGCCUCUAUAGGAAAUGACCGAUCUCUCUGUCCUGUCAAGAGUGCAACCCUGCUAGAUUUUUUCUCCCCACCCCGGAGAUCUCAUCAGAUUUGUCGAUGUGAACAAAAUUAAUCCAUGUUUCAAAGGUAUCCCUCAUGCUCCUACGGACUUUGCCCUGUCUAGUUUGGGAAUAACAGCUGGAAAAAUCACUACAUGUCUGUAAACUCCUCCUCUAAACUUGUAUUCACUGCACAAAGUCCACAGCUUCCCAGCAAGCCCACUCCAUCAUGUAGCUCACGUUGAUUUUCAGUGCGACAGAAUUGUGUUUCAACAUUACCAUUCUUGGAAGAGUGCAGAUUAUGUAAAUCUUUGCAUUGAGCGACUCAGAGGUGCAGCUGUCCGCUUUUUUAGAGAAAAAAAACCAGCUGUGUUCUAUGUCAAUGUAGAAACCAGCCAUGAUUUCUGGGUGUGUAGAAAUGAAUGUCACUUUUCCUAUAAUAUACCAUCUUUAGUGUAAAUUGUGUACUGACGCAUCAAAGAUAAACGGCGAAGGAUUGGCAUUUCCUAUGCAAAAAUUACAGCAAAGAAUGAAGUGGUCUAUCAUCCAAUCCAUAAUUUUUCGGGUAUUACUGUGGAAUAUGGCAGAGAUCAAGUGACAUUCAUUUUCAAUUAUAAUUCCAGUUUUCUGCUUUUGGGGGUUUUUUUUACCGAGGGGGUCUAUGUCUUAGUGUGAUUUUUUUAAUCCACUCCAGGAAUUAUGCGAAAAUCCGCUCCUUGUAUGGUCAUUAAAAAUGUCAAUAUGUAAAUACUUGUAAACCUUAAUAUAAUGAAAGACAUUAUAGAGGUGUAUUGCGACAUGACCAUUACGUAAGCUGGAUUAAAGUGGGAAUUAAAAAAAAUCAAGAAUCACCAAAACUACA